GAACCCGGAAUCUGAUCUCUAAUUCGCCAUUGAACGAAUCGCAUCGACUCCCACAAACCUUGGGACCUACUAUAGCAUACAGAAUGGCAGAAGACGCUUGUCCAGUCGACCACAAAACCCGCGACGCCUGGCUCGCCCAAGCCCGCGCAGCCGAAGCUUCCAAGAACCAGACAAGCUCAACCUCAACCUCACAACCAUCCCAAUGCCCAGUCGACCACUCCUCCACCAAACCAUCAUCAUCAUCAUCAUGGACCAAGACAAUCUCCUCCUACAUCUGGUCCAACCCGCCCUCCGAACAACCACCAUCACCACCGCCAUCAACCCUACCCGCCAACCACCCCGCGAUACCCUCAACGCCACGCCCAUCCUCCACCCUCGAAACCUCCCGCAUCACCUCCUCCAUCCCCCGCUCCUUCACCCCCUUGGACGAAACAUGCCCCGUCGACCACGGCGCUUCCGCAAACCCGCCCUCCAACGCCGAGAUCGAGUCCGGCGCCGACGCCGCCUCGGGCAACUGGGUCUACCCUUCCGAAAAGAUGUUCUUCGAAGCCAUGAAGCGCAAGGGCUACGACGCGCGCGAGGUCGACAUGAAGACCGUCGUGCCCAUCCACAACGCCGUCAACGAGCGCGCCUGGCAGCAGAUUAAGGAGUGGGAGGCGCCCUAUCUGGCUGGGUCAAAAUGCUCCGGCCCCAAACUCGCCUCCUUCGCCAACAAAAGCACCCGCAUGACCCCAACCGCCCGCAUCAACACCAUCCUCGGCUACACCGCGCCCUUUGACCGCCACGACUGGGUCAUUGACCGCUGCGGCGUCCGCGUCGACUACGUCAUUGAUUUCUAUGCCGGCCGCCCUGGCGGUACGACCGGAGCACCUAGCUUCUAUCUUGAUGUGAGGCCCAAGCUGAAUACCUUGGAGGGCGUCAAGAUGAGGGUGAUGCGGUGGACGGGGUUGGCGUGAGGUGAAUAGAGAGGUAGACGAUGAAGGAGGAUAACAGGGGUAAAUGUAUGAUACGAUUUAUGGCUGUUGUUGAAAAGAGAAACGGCGUUUUGUUGGAGGGAAAUGUCCUGCAUUUGACAUAUAGAUAGACUGGGCCGGUAUGGAGGCU